AUGAGAACCAGCCCGGGCACUGCCCAUAUAGGCAGCCUUCGCCAAGUAGAGUCGGGAAAGGGAGCGACGCACCAUGGGCUUCGCGCCGUCCGGCAGCGGCAUCGCAGCGGCAUCUCGAGCACCAUCCACAGUGCGCCCCCGACGAGCGUCUGCACCGCCAACUCACGGCUGCUCGCCAGCAUCGAGCACAACACUACCAGCAGAGUCUGCUCCCUCUCUUUUCUUCUCUCCGCCGCCCGCGCCCGCACGCACCCCAUUGCUCGGGCCCGCACCCACGCCCUUGAGGCCCUCGAACUGCUACAGCACGCGCUCUCGCACGCUGUCCACGUCGUGGUCCAGCAGCGUCGUGAGCACCUCCCCGCCGACCGUGAUCAUCCGCCGCCCGUCCGGCUCGCCCGUCGCGUGCACGACGCCGCAGUCGACGAGCAGCUUGAAGAGCGCCAUGCGCUUCGGCAGGGACACCGCGCGCCAGCGCUGCGCGGUAAGGCGGGAUGCAGCCCGAGCGACGGCGUGCGCGCGUCGACGUUCAUCGAGCCCUUCUCCUUGACGCCCGACAGAGUCCCCAGCCGGUCGUUAUGGUCCUCCGCGCGCAUGCUCCCGUCCGCGUUGACAAAGAGGUCGACGAUCUCGUUAAGGAAGCGCACGCUAUUCUGA